AGAACAAUGUGUCGUUCACAAUAAUGGGAUUACAGCCAUCUAGCCGGCUGCUCACCCUCCCUCCCUCUCUCUCUCUCUCUCCUGUCAUCCCCUCUCUCUCUCCAUCUGUUUGUUGGUAGUCCUGCGUCCUCCCUCUCUCCCCCUCUCUCUCGCCCGGUGUUCAGGCUCUUUCAGUUCUUGUCGCCUCUUUAAUUUUAAUUUUCUGGAGGAAUGAAAGAAAAACGGACUGUUUCCUGAAAGAAGUAAAGAGGAGCUGCCAUGUUGGCCUCCUCCAUCCCCCCGUCACUCCUCCUCUUCCUCCACAUCCUCUCCCCUUUCUCCCAACCUGUGGAUGCCUCGAUACAUGUGGAGUUGAAGGGCGCCCCCCUGUCGCACCUGCUCCUGGAUCCUGGAGCGGGACGUAUUUAUGUGGGCGGGGUCAAUAAUCUGUACCAGCUGACCACUGACCUCGAGGUGUUGUUGCACGUAAAGACCGGCCCUUACCGGGACUCCCCAGAGUGCCUCCCACCAAUCGUGCUCCAGGAAUGCCCAUCAGCCAAGGACACCGACAACUACAACAAACUGCUGCUGAUGGAGACGGGGCAGGGGGCGGAGCCAGGGAGUCUGAUAGUCUGUGGAUCACUGUUCCAGGGAAUCUGUGAAAAGAGGAGUCUGUCCAAUAUUUCUCAGCUCAUCUAUCAGACGUCCAAUCCCGUUGACACUCAGUACGUCGCAGCCAACGCUCCAGGUGUCUCCACUGUUGCCGUGGUAAUAACCACGAAAAAUAAGCAGGAAGGGGGUGGGGAUGGUGACGUGCUGCGUCUGAUGCUGGUUGGUCGAAGCUACACUAGCAAAGGCCCUGGCGACAUCCCACCAAUCACGACACGGCGGCUGUUUCCAGUGGUUCCACCCCGCAGAGCGUUCUCUCAGGAGGAGGAGCUUGGAAAACUUGUUGUAGGAAGUUACUCCGAUUACAACAACCACUUUGUGAAAGCCGUUGUCCAUGGCAACCAUGUCUACUUCCUGUUCUCACGGCGGCACAAGAAGGAGUACCGGACUUACGCCUCCAGGCUCUGCAUCUCUGAUCGCAGCUUCUACUCAUACGUUGAGGUGCCGCUGCUGUGCCAGGGUGGGUAUAACCUGGCACAGGGUGCGUGGUUAGGAAACCACUCAGGUGAACCUCACCUGUUUGUCGUCAUGGCAGCGGGGCAGGCGUCCACGCCCGUAGCAACAAAUCGUUCAGCUCUCUGCGUUUAUGGCAUGGCGGAGUUAGACACAAUGUUGCGGAGAGCACAGGAAGUGUGUUACACAGAGGGAGGACAAGGCAGCGGUGGAAAGGAGGAGGCCUACAUCGAGUACGGCGUGUCAUCAAAAUGUCUCAAACUGCCGAAGGACUCUCUCUCAGAGUACCCCUGUGGAGGGGAACACACCCCCAACCCCAUCGCUAGCGCCGUGCCCCUCAAAGCCACGCCCAUUGUCAACUCCACUAUACAGCUGACCGCUGUCACCACAGCGACUGAGGCGGGCCACACCAUCGCUUUCCUGGGAGACAGAAAGGGACAACUGCAAAAGGUGUUGGUGAUCUCCAGUCAGUCAGGCCAUCUGUAUGGCAGCGAGUUGGUGGACAGUGGCAGUGCCGUCAGCGCUGAUCUCCUAUUGGAUGAGAGCCAGGAACAUGUUUAUGUUUUAACAAACAGCAGGCUGUCGAAGGUUCCUGUGUCAUCCUGUGAGAAACAGACAGACUGUCGCUCCUGUCUCGCUGUCAGAGACCCGUACUGUGGCUGGUGUGUCCUGGAGGGAAGAUGUUCCCGGAAACAUCAGUGUCAGCGUCACCUGCAGCCCAACCACUGGCUCUGGAGCUUUGAACCGACCAGUCAGUGCGUGACAGUGCAGAGCCUGCAGCCGGCCAAUCACAGCAAAGAAGAGCAGACGCAGGUAACGCUGUCGGUCCCCCAGCUUCCCGCCCUCGCGAAGGAGGAGUCUCUGUCCUGCCUCUUCGGGCUGCUCCCGCCUCAGCCUGCCAUUGUCAUGGGAAACAGCAUCACCUGCCAAUCCCCUGCCCCGGAGCACCUCCCACCUCUGCCCACAGGAAGCGAUCACAUGAUCCUGCCCGUGUCACUGAUGUUUGGUCAUGUGACCGUCACAAUGGGCGACAUGACCUUCUAUGACUGCAUGGCUGUAAGCCGACUGAACCAGAGCUCCCAGUGUUUGGCGUGUGUCAGCAGUGUGUGGCGCUGUAACUGGUGUCCUCUGGAUCAACUCUGCACUCACAACCACAGCUGUCCAAACCAGCACAUCAUCCUCAACCACAGAGACUCUCCUGGUCCUACUUCCUGUCCGCUAGUCUACGACCUACAGAGCUCUGCUUUAGUUCCCAUGGGCCUGAGCGCCACAGUGGUGCUGCGGGGACGAAACCUGGACGUCUACACUGAUGAAGCUCCGUAUGUGUGUGUUGUUGAAAUCGAAGGAUCCCCGACUAAUCUGACAGCUUCUGUGGAGAAAAUGCACGACAACACGCACACCUUCACCUGCAUGCAGCAUCAAUUUCAACAUCCAGUCAGUCAGCUUCAGUAUUCUGCUCCUGUCUACCUGCGGAGAGGGGAACGACGCAUUGAUGCCUCACCUGGACUCCGACUCCAGCUGUAUGACUGCUCAGCUGGCCAAUCAGAUUGCUCACAGUGCAGGGCGGUGCCUAAAGAGUACGGCUGUGUAUGGUGUCCUGGAAGCCCAGCCCCGAGCUGUGUGUACAGCCGAACCUGCUCCAGUAAACCUGCAGACACCUGCCCGCCUCCUCAGAUCAUAAAGGUGGAGCCUGCCUCCGGUCCUCUAGAGGGCGGCAUUCUAGUGACGAUCACAGGAUCGAACCUGGGCAUGAAGUAUGAGGAUGUGGUGGGCGGAGUCACUGUGGCGGGUAUUCAAUGCCUGCCUCAGUCUAAAGGUUACAAGAUCUCCACCAGGGUUACUGUGGGAACAACUCGUGGGAGGUCAACAAAGAUGUUCACCUAUCAGGAUCCUCUGCUGCAGGAUCUCAUUCCUAAUAAAGGUCCCGUCUCCGGAGGAACCAGGUUGACCAUCAAAGGACGACAGCUGCUCACCGGGCAGACGUCUGACCUGAGCGCCUUCCUGGGCACCCAGCCCUGCUACAUAGUUGAAGAGGUGAAUGACACGCAGCUGGUGUGUCAGACUGGUUCCAGCAAUCGGACGGGUCUCGUCCCAGUUCGGGUUCUGUUUGGUAAAGCCGAGCGGACUAUUCCAAACGUUACCUUCCAUUACCUCGAAGACCCCGUCAUCAUCAGCGCCAUACCUGCCGAGAGCUUCUACGCGGGUGGGCGUGUCAUACGAGUGGAGGGCAGGAACCUGGAUGUGGUGCAGCAGCCAAUCAUAUCUGUGUGGGUGGAGCCUCUAGAGGUACAAAGGGUGAAACGGAAGAAACGACUGGCUCUUCUCACCUCCAAGCAGCAGCUCGUCUUUAACAGCACCAUGACAACGGUAUCAGAGCGCUGCUCCAUCCUGUCGUCCUCUCAGAUGACUUGCCCGACCCCCAGAGUGAACCCAGAGGUCAAAGUUAAGGGCGUCUGGUUUCAGCUUGAUAACGUCAGAGUCCACUAUGAGAGCAUCAAGGGUAAAAGCUUCACUUACUAUCCAAACCCAGUUUUAUUUCCAAUCAACCGAGAAAAUCUAGACGUGCCGUUCCGUUUCAAACCUGGAGGAGUGAUCGCUGUGGAGGGCCAGGACCUGACCAGAGCCAUGUCCAAAGAGGAAGUGAAGGCUUGGCUUGGAGAUCAGGAGUGUGACGUGAAAACUUUGGACAGCACUCACUUGUACUGUGACCCUCCAGAGGUCCAACCACUCAGUGUGGAUGACAGCAAUGAGCUUCCUAGCCUCAAGGUUUUCAUGGGAAACCUGCAGGUGGACCUGGGAUUGGUUCAGUACGACAGCAACUCUCUGCUGCCUGCUGUCCCAUUGGCUGCUCAGAUCGGUUUGGGGGCAGGAGCAGCUGUCAUCAUCCUGUCAGUGUUGGUCAUCAUCCUCAUGUACAGGAGGAAAAGUAAACAGGCUCUCCGAGAUUAUAAAAAGGUUUUACUGCAGUUAGAAACUCUGGAGAUCAACGUGGGAGAUCAGUGCCGCAAAGAGUUCACUGACCUGAUGACAGAGAUGAUGGAUCUGAGCAGUGAUGUGGGAGGACCAGGAGUCCCCCUCUUGGACUACAGGAUAUACGCAGAGAGAGUUUUCUUCCCUGGCCAGCAGACGGCGCCACUGAGUCGUCAGCUAGAUCUGCCUGAGUCGAGGAGGCAGACUGUGGAGCAGGGCCUGCAGCAGCUCAACAACCUGCUCAAUAACAGACUCUUCCUCACCAGGUUCAUCCACACUUUGGAGGCCCAGCAGGGUUUCUCCCAGCGAGAUCGUGGCUACGUGGCCAGCCUGCUCACCAUGGCUCUGCACGACAAACUGGAAUACUUCACUGAAGUCAUGAAGAGCCUGCUGCAGGACCUGGUGCAGCAGUAUGUUGCCAAGAACCCCAAACUCAUGCUGCGCCGAACAGAGACGGUCGUUGAGAAGAUGUUGACCAACUGGAUGUCCAUCUGCCUCUAUUCCUUCCUGAAGGAGGUGGCGGGAGAGCCUCUCUACAUGCUCUACAGAGCCAUAAAGUAUCAGGUGGACAAAGGGCCGGUGGAUGCUGUGACGGGAAAAGCCAAACGAACGCUCAAUGACAGUCACUUGCUGCGGGAGGACAUUGAAUAUUGCUCAGUGACUCUGACGGUGCUGGUGAAAAACGGAGUCGAAGUUCAGCCAUGUCCUGUUAAAGUGCUCGACACUGACACGAUCACACAGGUGAAAGAUAAGAUUCUGGAUCAGGUCUACAGAGGAGCUCCAUUCUCUCAGAGACCAUCAGCUGACAGUCUUGACCUCGAGUGGCGUUCAGGCCAAGCAGGUCAUCUGACCUUGUCGGAUGAUGAUGUCACAGCAGUGGUUCAAGGUCGUUGGAAACGACUCAACACACUGCAGCACUAUAAGGUUCCCGACGGCGCCACGGUCGCUCUCAUCCCUCGUUCUCAAAGUUCAGGUGGAGUGGGAGUCAACCAGGUCUUCCAAACUGGAGAGAAAACGCCAAUGCUGGAGGGUGAGGAGGAGGAGGGUCUCCGUCUAUGGCACCUGGUGAAGAGCAGUGAAGAUCCUGAAAUCCCAAAACACAGAAAGAGCAGUAUGAGGGAGAGGGAGAGAGCCAAGGCCAUCCCAGAGAUUUACCUGACCAGGCUGCUGUCCAUGAAGUCGUCUAUAUUCUUAAUUCCACUGGGAUUUCUAAAUACCUUUGUCACUUUGCUGUCUGCUUGUGUUCAGGUGAAAGAUAAGAUUCUGGAUCAGGUCUACAGAGGAGCUCCAUUCUCUCAGAGACCAUCAGCUGACAGUCUUGACCUCGAGUGGCGUUCAGGCCAAGCAGGUCAUCUGACCUUGUCGGAUGAUGAUGUCACAGCAGUGGUUCAAGGUCGUUGGAAACGACUCAACACACUGCAGCACUAUAAGGUUCCCGACGGCGCCACGGUCGCUCUCAUCCCUCGUUCUCAAAGUUCAGGUGGAGUGGGAGUCAACCAGGUCUUCCAAACUGGAGAGAAAACGCCAAUGCUGGAGGGUGAGGAGGAGGAGGGUCUCCGUCUAUGGCACCUGGUGAAGAGCAGUGAAGAUCCUGAAAUCCCAAAACACAGAAAGAGCAGUAUGAGGGAGAGGGAGAGAGCCAAGGCCAUCCCAGAGAUUUACCUGACCAGGCUGCUGUCCAUGAAGGGGACAUUGCAAAAGUUUGUGGAUGACGUGUUUGUGGCGAUACUCAGUACAAAGCGUCCUCCUCCGAUCGCCGUGAGGUUUUUCUUCGACUUUUUGGACGACAUGGCUGAGAAACAUGGAAUUGACGACCCAGAAACUGUCCACAUCUGGAAGACCAACAGUCUCCCUCUCAGGUUCUGGGUCAACAUCCUGAAGAACCCUCAGUUCGUUCUGGACGUUCAGGUGACCGACAGCAUCGACGCCGUUCUGUCUGUCAUCGCUCAGACCUUCAUAGACUCUUGCACCACCUCUGAGCACAAAGUGGGACGGGACUCGCCUGUAAACAAGCUGCUGUACGCCAGAGAGAUCCCGAGAUACAAACAGCUGGUGGAAAGGUAUUACAGUGACAUCCACAGUGCUGCGUCAGGCUGUUAUCAAGAGAUGAAUUCCACUCUGACUGAACUUUCUGGGAGUUUUGCAUCAGAAAUGAACAAUCUCGUGGCUCUUCAUGAGCUCUACAAGUACAUCAACAAAUAUUAUGAUCAGAUCAUCAUGUCUCUGGAGGAGGACAGUUCAGGGCAGAAGAUGCAGCUGGCCUAUCGGUUGCAGCAGGUCGCCGCCUUGGUGGAGAACAAGGUCACGGACCUCUGAUGUGUUUUUAUCUUAAAUGAGGAGAGGAGGAUGAUGGAGGAUGGGGAUGAAGAAUCAUAAGAAACAUCUUUACAAAGACUGAAGCAGUGGAAAUGAGUGGACUGCUGUGGCACUGUGUCUUCCUGCUGUGUGCAUCUGUGUGUGUGUGUGUCAGGAUAUAUGAGCUUUUAUAGUCCGACUCAGGAGAUCCCAGGUCUUUAGAUUUCCUCACAGAGCAGCAGCACUGAAACUAAAGUUAAACUAACCUAAACCAAACCUGAAGCCGCAUUACGCCGACUGACACCAGCCUAUGGUGGAGAACGACAAUCUUACCAAUUAGAUCAGGGAAUAUCACCAUCACCUGCUGCCUUGCACUAUGUUUCCCAGAGUUCCCUGCUGUUCUACUGUCUGUGAGUCAAAAAGCACAAGUGAAAUACUCAGAUUCUCAUGUAUUGAUUAUUGAGCUCCUGGUCGCAGACGUGCUGUUUGUAAGUUUCGCCUUUUCUACUGAAACCAGCAGCUCUGAUGUUGCCGAUCUGGGCAGAGUUUUAAGAAGCGCAAUAAAAGAACCAAAAUCAGGGAGCAUUUAAACCACGUUUCAGCGUGACUCCAGUUUCUCAUUAACAGUGACCUGCUGGUCCCAGUCCUUCCAGCCUUCCUCAGUUACAGGUGUGGGUCCAGACUGCUUCAUCAAUAUGUUUUGCAUGAGCGCAGCUUUAGAUUUAGUUUGAAACUAAACCAGUGAGUGCUGAAUGUGACCAAGUGAGGAUCUUUGUCAGAGAUGAAAACAAAUUUAAUCCACAUCUUUUUGACUCCAAGGAAGGGACUGCAGUGGUAACAGGAUCCAGUGUGACAGUCCUCUCCUAGACUGUCCCAGACUAAUGAUCCAGUCUGAACUUUAGCUUUAAGAAGAGUGAGAGUUUGAAGCUUAGUCUUCAAAGUAAACAGGGUGUCUGCUUCCCAAAGCCAAAGUGGGAGCUGGCUCUACUUCUCUUUCUAUUUUAGGAAACUCUCACUCUAGACAAUCCUUUUGAUUUCACCAGAUGUGUUCAGCAGCAUCUCUCCGCUCUGAUAUGCUGAAAGGAAAAAGUACUUUUACCACUUACAGAAGUAGUUAUGAAUCAGGUGGGUGUCAUGCAUGCUCAUACACACCACAAUUGCAAACUUCAGCCACAGUCCUCACCCACAUCAGCUGGUAGCUCAGCAUGUUUUAACUGCUUCAGCCUGCCCGCAGUUGCUUUGAUGUGCAAGCUGCUUUGCAGCCCAGCUUCACCUUUCAUGGUGCAUCUCAAAGUGAUAUGUCUUCACUGAUGCCUGCUCUGCCCUGUGCUGGGUCUUUAUCUUGCUCUCCCUGCCUAUUGCUGACGUGCAUUGAAGGAUAUGCGCUCUAAUGUCAUUUUAUUUCUAAUUGUUAAAGUUCAUAGAUUAUUUUAAUGUUAUAAAUAACCCCUUUUGAGUUGUCUAUACAGAAGGGUUCGUAACCGUUUUCCUGUAACUCCAUAAUGAAGCUAAGAAGCAGGUCACUAUGGCUAUUGUGUGCAAGAACCUUUUUAACUCUUUUCUCCUUGAAAGGAACCCUUGAAGCUCUUUUCUGUCAUGUUUCGGUCCCUGUUCCUGCUCGUACGCUUGCUGGAGCAUUUUAGGUGAUUGAAGGCUUCUCAGAGUGCAGCUGGAGCUUCUUAGGACUGAAGGAAUUGAACAAAAGUCCAGCCUACGAAUGACUGAUGUCCUUAAUUUAGACAGUGUUGUGCAGGUGAAAGGAGGCAGUGGUGGAGACGGAGACUGGAGUCACACUGAAUGUUGAACUGAAACAUUGAAGUCGAACCUGCUGAAAAAACAAUCUAAAAUCUGUGGGAGGAGUUAAAGAGUGUGUGUGUGUGCUUGUGUGUGUCUGUGUGUUUGUGUAAGCGACAUAAAGAGAUAAAGAGUGGCUGUGUGCUAGCUAGUUACUAACUUAUUGUGUGUACAUACUGUAAGUCCUAUUUAUACUUAUUUAAUCCCAGCUGUGCCUUCACUCUUGCAGCUAGGUGGCGCUGUCUGUUCUGACAGCAGCCUUAUUGAUCAUGUGUCCCCCUGCUAAUUGGGAAAAUAAAUCAGUUUAAAUACUUAACUUGUAUUGAACCAGGGAAGGAAAAACAACAACAGCAACUUACACAAACCCUGACAAUAUGCCAGAAGAACCCACCCCCACCAAACACAACAGAGUAAAGCCACAAACCCUGAGCACAAACAGCACGUACCACGCUGUGCUCGGCUGCUGUUUCAGGUCACAGAUUGCGGCGAUUGUAGCUUCCUGUUUUUCUCUGCUUGGCGUGUAUGUCCCCCAGCAUUUCCGCUGAGUUGCAACUGUUAAAAAUGUUUUUUAUCAUUAGGUGGACGCAGUGUACUUCAAGAACGAAGCUACGAGUAACUUGAAACACUGGUCCGGGUGUCGUGCCACGGUUGUUACCGGGUGCUGCCACAGCCAUUGUUAUGGUAGCCGUUUUCAUCUACUUUAGAUCUGCUGAGCUACACGUGACAGGUGUUAGUUUACAGCUCUGAUAUCAGAUCUGCCCGAAUCUAAUGAGUGAAGUUUAAGAGAUCGAAGGCUCAUUUUUAUUACCAUUACCCAACACACGGUGGUAAAAGGAAAUUGUAGACGUAGCUGCUGCAUGCUACUAGUGAAAAAAGGAUGGACGAUGAAUUCAGCAGCAUCGCAGCCUGAGGAAAGAAAAAAAGGAAGAAAAGAAAGAAAUCUGGUGGUGCACCGCUGGAUCCGCUGCAUUGCUUGGCAGAUGGCAGCAGGGUGAACAGGCUGUGGAUGGGGUGGGUUUUAUCUGUGCAUGUAUCUCACCAGUAUCACUUUUACUGGGUAGAUGGAUGCUGCUGAUGCCCUGCGUGGUUUUAAUCACCAACCACAGAGCUUUCAGGUCUUGGCCUGUGCACAUCCAGUGCCACAUUUUAAAUCUGUGGAUGCUUUCUCGUUCUCAUCAGUAUUGUAAUGUUUAUAGCACAAAAACGGUCGGAGCCCUCGAGGAUCCGGACUCACUGCACAUACCGGGAUUAAAGGGUGGUGUAAAUUCCAGAUCCCGGUUUAAAGAGUCGACGUCUCUCGGGAUAUUUGGAUUCUGCUCGACGUCACAGCUGGGUCUUCAAGGCAGCCGUGAUGUUUCAGCUGUUAGUGUGUCGUCUUGGUCUUUGUGGAUGGCGUUGACGACACUGGGUGCGCGUCCCCGGUGUUUUUGGCCUCUGGCUGGACUGAACCUAGCAGGUGGACUCUGAUGAUGGUCCCUGCUACUGAACUGAACCAAACCAGAGACCUGAACCAGAUUUUGCUGACCCAGUUCUUCCUGCUGGACUUUUCUUCUUCUUCUUCUUCUAUUUCUGACUCUGUGUUUUGCUUGUGUGCUUUUUGAGCCUGUGUUUGACCCGUAGUUGUAGUUCUUCGGUCACAAUAGAUUUCUGCAUGCGUGUGUUGAUGAUGAUGAUGCAGAUGCAGAUUUAUGGUGCUUCUUCAGUAUAAUUUUCUUUCUUUCUUUUUAAAGGUGAGGGGCGGGGCUUAAAACCUGCCUUGUCAGUGAUGAUGCGCAUGUCACCUGAUCUCUGUACAGUUUGAUCCUCCGCUCUAAUUGGUUGAGCUCUGUUUGUUACGAAAUUGUUUUUUUUUUUCUACUAUAAGGGAAUAAAAAAUAAAUAAAAGAAACUUUAAGGGUUUGUAUAAAAGAACUCCAGGAUCAGUUGUUUCUACUGACUGUGUACAGUUUGCUAACAGUGUGUAAAUGUGCCUGUAAAUACCUGUCUGAGGAUGAUGAUGAUGAUGAUGAUGAUUCAGUCUGCAAUGGAAAUGUGCUUUUAUUGUGAAAAGGCAGGAGGCCAAACACAAUUUGUAUCAUGUAAAAAUAAAGUUAUAAUUUUAACAGUU